AUGAAUAAAAAAUCGAUAACUUCUGCCUUUAUUAUAUUAUUGAUAGAAUGGCAAUCAUUAUUAAAUAGAUAUUUCGCUUUCUUAUAUUACAUUAUUUUAAUUUUAGCUAAACUUCUAAUUAAUUUAGAUAAGAUUAAGAAAUCUGUACAAAGCACUGACAAUGAUGGUGAUGAUUUUGGAAUAAGCGAUUUAUCAGAUUUUGAUAAAUUUGGUAUGAUGAAUACUUUAAUAAUGAAGUAUUGAUUACUUAAUACUUUUUAGUUAGAGAAGUUGA